GCUGGCUGACUGCGGCGGCCAAUAUGUUUGUUGCACACGAGAGAGAGGACUUUUAGCGAACGCCCCCUGGGCUCCAGACAAAAGAAUACACAACAGUGACGUCUAAGGGGGUCUUUUGGACAUUCUCUCACACAAACACACCGACACACACACAUAUUUAGAGUGAUCAUGAAGGAGGGAGCUGUCUGUUUAAAGCUCGCUACAGUUGCAAACUGAUGUCUCGGACUAUGACGAACAGCAACUCCCCCACAUUUCAACUGUGACCUCAAGGAUUUGCAGAGAAACAGUGAGCGAGGGAGAGAAGGAAAGACUGAGAGACGCUGAAGGAGGUGGAUUAACGGACUUUUUGUUCCAGUCAGGCAGUAGAGGCUCUUCUAGUUGAGAGAAGCCACUGACGAGUCAGCUCCGAGCAACACUGUCCCGAGAAUCUGUGCCUAUUUGCAUCUGUGCUCUUCUGAGGGCCAGGUGAAGCGGCUGAAGGGAAAGACAAGAAAAAACGAAAAAAAACAAUCUACUGCCUACACAGAGGAGUCAGCUGCACACACAGAACACAGACUAGUGCAAUAAGCAACGCACUGAAGAAGGAAAAAGAGAAGAUAAAGAAAAACAAGCAAGGAGCUAGAUCCAAGAGUCAAGCUGCAGCCAGCCGGAGCCAGUGGAAUGGACCUAGGUUCCAGUUGGAUUAAUCCCCGCGUACCUGCAGUGCUGUCUGAGGAGGAGGGCUGAGGAUCUGCUGCAACGGCAACCAACUCCUGAAUGAGGAUGAAUGGAGAUGUUCUUUAGCUAAGCCUCAAGACAACACUCUUGCCAAUUCCAACUCUGUGUGAGCUGGGAAAACACUCGCUGACAGCUGGAGGAGGAGGAGGUGGUGGCGGAGGAGGUGGAGAGGAGCCAGGGGACCCAGAGCACUGCUGGUGCUACUGCCCCAGAGGAGAGGCAAGGGAGCGGGCAGGACACAGCGGAGGAUCAGGGGUCUGUGGAGGGACACGAGGGAGGGGGAGAGGUGGCGGUCGUCGGGCGUCGCAUGGCCGUGCAGAGGCUGGUGGCGGCAGCGGUGAUGGUUGCCCUGCUGUCUCUGGUCCUAAAUAAUGUUGCAGCCUUCACCCCCAGCUGGGUCUUGCAGGCCCUGGAGGACGGACGCAAGCGGAGUGUGGGACUAUGGAAGAUGUGCCCCACUGGUGGGGAAAGGGGCCGCGAUGAUCUCCAGGCUGGGAGAAGAGGGCAGGGGACACAGAGGCAGUGUGAAAGCCUGGUGUGGGGCUCUGAUUAUGCAGGCUACCAAGAAUCCCGCAGCACCGUCAAAUUGCAGUUUGACAUGAUGCGGGCAUGUAACCUGAUGGCGACAGUGGCCCUGACUGCCGGUCAGCUGAUCUUCCUUCUAGGCCUGAUGGAGCUGCCCUUCAUCACACAGGAAUCCCAGUGGUGGGAGGAGGCCAUUGCUGCACUCUUCCAGCUUGCUAGUUUCGUGCUGGUGAUCGGACUUGUGACCUUCUACAGGAUCGGGCCGUACACACACCUGUCCUACUCCUGCUACCUGGACAUAGCUGCUUGCCUGCUGGCCACGAUGGCCGCGGCCAUGCUCAUCUGGAACAUUUUACAUCGCCGCGAUGACUGCCUCGCACCUCGCGUUAUAAUCAUCAGUCGCUCUCUAGCUUCACCUUUCCACCCGCGCCUAGACAAUGACUACGUGGAGUCGCCUUGUUGAGCCGCGUGACUUCAUAAGCCAAGCCUAUAAGGGAAUAUGGACUACACUGACAAGACUGUGCUCCGCUAUUCAUGUUUCACUCCAGGAGCCUCCAAUGUGACUCUCAAGAGAAGAGUUCUACAACAGCUGGACUAACAUGUACCUGCAAUUGUAAAACUCUAUAUUUCACAAUUUCUCCCACCAUAAACAAAGAUAUCAGAUAUCGUUUUGCUGCUUAGUGCACAAAAGUCACAGAUUUAACUCAAAUUAUUGUAUAAAGUAGCCCUAAACUUCCAAACAUAUUCAAAAACUGCAUGACGUUUCAUUUAUUCGUGCUUGGGUGAGACAACUUGUAGCUAAAUAUGGAAUUUGGAUGAGGAAUGUGUUAUACAAAACAUCCUACUUAUGAAAAGGUCAAGCUGGAACUUGAGCUUUUUUUGUUAUAUGUGCACUUAUUAAAUGGCCUCCUGCAUAAUUAUAAAUUGGAAACUAUGAAAGAAAAUACCAGAAUACCUCAUAGUUGUUUUCAUCCUUUUAAAGCUUAUUACGAUUUUAAUACAUAUUAUUAUAAAUGAUAUAUGUUGCAAGCAGGUAAACUAACAAGGUAAAAGAGUCAGUCAGCCUCAGUAAACGUUUUGAUUGGACAAGAUUUCAUUUUAAAACACUUGAUGUGAUAUUUUAAUCUGAAACGAGGGAAUAUUCUCACUCUCUUUUAAUGAUUUCGAAAUCACAUACAAAUUUCAAUACUCAUAUUUCACGACGCUUUCCAAUACGAAACUCUGCUCGCUUGUGGUACAUACUGUAUACUUAAAUUAAUAUAAUAUAGUUGUAUAAAGAAUAGUGCUGUAUUAUUCAUAUCAUACUUCUGCAAAGAAAUCCAGGCUUCCUAUGGGUCCUCGCCAACGGCAAACAUAGAGGCACUUUAAAAUAAUAAUAUGUCAUAUAAAUUCAAUAAAAUUAUUGGAAAAUAUUCAAAGACAGUUGUUGUUGUUGUUGUUUUAGUGUCAGAACACCGUCCACUCCUGACAAACGGGAAACUUUAAUCAUCUACAAAUGGAAAAUGACAGAUAUAACAUGUAUUUGUAAACGUUUAAGAGUUUCAAGAAUGUAUCUGUGAUAUUCGAAAUUCAAAGUUCACUUACUAACUUUUUACGGAGCUCUUGACCUUCAUGGUAUUCUUCAUCAACUAGAAUUUGCUCAGGUGUUAUUACGUGACCCAAGUACAGAACUAUGUACGCAAUACUGUAUAUCUUCGCUGAAGAGGGCUGUGAGAUAUGGUUGAAAGCUCCAGAAUUGGCCUCAAAAUAGUAAGUGAGCAUUUAACCCUCAAGAUGUGUUAAAGGGAAAGUUCACCCCAAAAUCAAAAAUAAUCUAGUUCCAUUAUAUUCAAGAGAAGGCGAUAAAAUAUCACGACAAGUAAAAGGAAAAAUAUGUGUUUUUGAUUUCAGGGUGAACUGUCCCUUUAGAAGUCCAUGUUCUGUCAUUUGAUCUAUAGUUUAGAGCUACAACACACAGUACAGUAUAAGAAAAGUACUACACAUACUGAAUGUUGCUUAACGUGUACAAUCUUAAAUUCCAACAUCGUCGUUAGAAGCUGCCCCAAACCUGCAGAGAUGAAACGAACACUCCUGCUACUCUACGAAGAUACGUAUAAAUAUCUACAUCUUCUAAUUCUAACGUUUGCUUCGGGGAGCGGGAAUAGCUUCAUUAAAGAUUGACAGACUAACAACGGCAAAUGUAAUGGUUUCAUGCCGUGAAUGACAAAUGGCGUACACUGAGAGCACGAGGGUCAAAUGUAACACAGCCAAUUAUGAUGAGUACGACAUCAUCCAUUAGUCUCCACUUCACCCCUGAACACUUCCUUGGGUGUUUUUGUUCCUGAUGGAAAGGGGGAGUUUUGCUUUUAAAUAGCAAAUGCAGUGGCAAAAAGACAGUAGGAGAAGGCUCGCAUUCAUCGCGGGCAGAUAACACAGCGGCAUGUCACCGAGAGUCAAGGACAACAUGAAUGAGAGGAAGUAGCAAAGUCUGGACUGAAUAAAGACAUUCCAACCUGUAUCUGACUCGCUGCCUCGGGGUUUUCAUACUUUAAAUAUAUGUUUUUGGAUUAA